AUGCCCGUCCUGGCCUCGACUGUUGAGCGGGCUACCGUCGGACUUGCCUUCCUCUCACAGACUCGAUCAUACGCAGCCAACACGCUACCUCCCGAGCCUUUAAUCAGCCUCAUUGUUCUGGCCUUGUACCUGCCAGAGGGGACUUUACACAUUCGUGCCGCGGAUGGGGUUUGCAUUGCUCCCGCCCUUAGGCCCGAGGCCGAAGGCGGCAUCGGUGUACAGAGCUUUUACCGCGACGGGCGGCAGAUCGCGCGAACAACACGAACCUUUAGAGGCCCUGUCUAG